GAUGACCAUAGACGUGGCUGCCAAUUACAGUCUUAAUGCUUUUAUAUAGAUCUUUCUUACAUCCUCUGUUCCUUCACAUUCAAGAAACAGUAUCAUCCCAUUUUCUUUCUUCUUCUCAGUGUUUCAAUCUUUGCGAAUUAAGAUGGAACAUGAAGAAACACAAAAGAACACAAGAAACAGCUGGUCCCUGAUUCGACCAUUUCAAAUGAUCUCCAUUAGCUUUCUUAGCCUCCUCCUCCCUCUAUCUUUCCUCUUUCUUUCACGUCUCUCUCUCUAUACCUCCUCAACUCCGGUCACCGUCUCCGGCGUUUCCUCUGUUAUUCACCAGGCAGAUGUCGGAGUCUUAUACACGAUCUUGUUUCUCAUCAUCGUCUUCACUUUAAUCCACAGUCUCUCAGGAAAACCAGAAUGCUCUGUUCUCCAUUCCCAUCUCUACAUCUGCUGGAUCGUUCUCUUCAUCGCCCAAGCUUGUGCCUUUGGGAUCAAAAGAACCAUGAGCACGACCAUGUCUAUAAAUCCAGACAAAAACUUGUUUCUUGCGACACAUGAAAGAUGGAUGUUGGUUAGGGUUUUGUUCUUUUUGGGGCUACACGAAGUGAUGCUGAUGUGGUUUAGAGUCGUGGUUAAGCCUGUGGUUGACAACACUAUAUAUGGGGUCUACGUGGAGGAGAGGUGGUCCGAGAGAGCCGUUGUGGCAGUGACCUUUGGUAUAAUGUGGUGGUGGAGGCUAAGAGAUGAGGUAGAAAGUCUUGUGGUGGUGGUUACGGCGGAUAGACUUAACCUCCCCAUUCGUUUGGAGGGUCUCAAUUUUGUGAACUGGUGUAUGUAUUACAUCUGUGUUGGAAUUGGUUUAAUGAAGAUCUUCAAAGGGUUUUUGGAUUUUGUGAAUACGUUGACUUUGAGCAUUAAGAGGUCGAGAAAAGGCUGUGAAUCAUGUGUUUUUGAUGAUAUGUGUAAUGAUGAUCAUGUGUAAGAUAUUUGACAUAUUAUACUCAUCUCUUGAAUGUUUUUGAGAUUUUUUUAUUUUUAUUUUCUAUUUCUUGCUAG